UCCCCUCGCACCACCCCUGGGUCGCCUCCCGGGUCCGCAGUAGAAACACUGCCCUCUCCCUUCUUGACCCCUAGCCCUUUCCACCCUCCCUUCCACUGCCUUAGCUUCAGGCGCCGCCGCUCCCGGAGGAGCUCCCAGCACAGUGAUGGGGUCUCGGGCCUCCACGUUACUGAGGGACGAAGAGCUCGAGGAGAUCAAGAAGGAGACUGGCUUUUCCCACAGUCAGAUCACUCGUCUCUACAGCCGAUUCACCAGCCUGGACAAAGGAGAGAAUGGGACUCUCAGCCGUGAAGAUUUCCAGAGGAUUCCAGAACUUGCCAUCAACCCAUUGGGGGACCGGAUCAUUAAUGCCUUCUUUCCAGAGGGAGAGGACCAGGUAAACUUCCGUGGAUUCAUGAGAACUUUGGCUCAUUUCCGACCCAUUGAGGACAAUGAAAAGAGCAAAGAUGUGAAUGGACCAGAACCACUCAACAGCCGAAGCAACAAACUGCACUUUGCUUUUCGACUGUAUGAUUUGGAUAAAGAUGACAAGAUCUCCCGUGAUGAGCUGUUACAGGUGCUACGCAUGAUGGUUGGAGUGAAUAUCUCAGAUGAGCAGCUGGGCAGCAUUGCAGACAGGACAAUCCAGGAGGCUGACCAGGAUGGGGACAGUGCUAUAUCUUUCACAGAAUUUGUUAAGGUUUUGGAGAAGGUGGAUGUAGAACAGAAAAUGAGCAUCCGAUUUCUUCACUAAAGGACAGAGACCAAACUGUUCCUUGCUUUCUAGUAUUUAAGAACUGGAACUUAAGAGUCCUCCUGUCCACCAACCCCACCUCCACCCCUUCAUUCUCCUUCUCCCAGAAUACUACUGCUGUUGCAUGACAACCCCAAAUAUGUUCUGUGUACACAAAACUGCCUUCGAUGUAUAAACAGGGCAUUACAGAAUGGUACAUCCAGUCUAUUUCUCUUCAGUAUCCAUCURCCAGUUCUCCAUUUAUAAAUACCAUGUUCCCCUGUUCUGCUGCUCCAGGCCACACAUCCAUCCAGUUUGAGAAAGAGAUGGAAUCAUGCCAAUAACCAGCCAGCAAAACUCUAACUGGAUGUAGACUCCUUUUAGCGAGGUUUAGCAUGCUCCUACUUCCUUCUUAUAURUCCUUUGCUUCUUAUUUUCCUGUCAUACAACUUACCUCCACUUAGUCUUUCAGCCUCCCUGCUUUUUAUUGAGCCUCAAAAUUCCCUGUGUUCCUCUUAACACYCCAAACUAUGCCUGUUAAAURUAUUUCUGACUUGGCAGGAUAGUUCAGUGGUCUGGCAGWUUUCAUCUACCUUCACUCUUAAAUGAGUACCUAGGAUGUUAUCUUUCCAGGAGCUUUUUGGUAAUCAACACUUCUCUUGGAAGAAUGUGACCCUUUCCUGAUCCUCUGCACUGCUCUGUCAUCAAAGGGUGGAGAUAUCCUUCUURGAAGCUGGCCUUGGUGAAAACAUUUCAUAGUUUGUGAAGAUMUAGAGAAGAAAUUGAUAACUGAAAAGUGUAGAGCCACCUGUUUUGUGUGGCCUACUCGGAUUGCUCUGCCUCUGCCCUCUGAUYCUCGACUUAUGUACCUACAUGGCUUUUCCUAUGAGUGCAGUGUUCACUAUUCAGAAAAUAUUCAUAUGCCUACAGGUCURCUUAGCUUUGGGACACUGUUGCUACCAGAAUAGCUGUUCUGACAGCAUUCUUAGGGACCUUUUCAUAACUUUUUGAACAUGAUGGCUGGGCGUCUUAUAAAACCUGCUACGUUUACAUUCUGCAGCAUGGUUUAUGCCUCCUUGUUAGUGCACUGGAAUGUUUUUCACUUCAUGUUUCCACUUGACUGUUGUUAUGGAAGUGCCUAACUUUUCCAAGUCCAAAAUAGUUAAAGAUGGUCCUCAGUGUUUUGAA